UACCUCAUUCAACGCUUCACUAGGAGCUCAAACGUGGAAAAAUUGACGAUAUAUUGAUUUUAACUUUAUGAAUAAGAUUAUCCCGGGUGGUUUACUUUAGUGUAGUCUUUUUGUAUGACUUUUGCAGUACAUUUUCCGUCCGAUAGAUGGACCCUGGGUCAUAUCCGUAGCAACAUGACAAACAACACUCGUGGGAUCGUUUUUAUACAAUACCAUAUAUCGGUGUCUUGAUAGAAGUCAAGGCCGGCCAUAUAAAGAAAGUCUUCAAGUUUGGAUUCACAACUUUAAUGAUGAACUCUGAAUUCCUGGAUAGCUCAGCCUUAAAAGCAGUGGAUGACUAUUGCGAGUACAAAAGGAUUGUCGGUGAUGAUGACGGAGGCGUACUGUUUACUCCUCAGCAGUAUGAGGAGUAUAAGAGGAAAGUACUCCCACAGCGGGCAAAAAACAGACUGUACGUGAGCUUUGUAGUACCAGGAGGUACCGACUGCAAACUAGUUGGCCCAGAGACGCAAUGCUUCUGUGCCCAUAGAUACAAGCAACAUAAGACGGACUUUGAGAUGAUUCCUUCUGAGAGACCUUUGCUCCUGCCAUGCGAAGUGAAGAAAUGUCUUUGCCCUACCUACGAGUACCUUCCCCACAUCGGGACCGUACCCGUCCGCUGCCGGUGUAAACAUUUACCCGAGCAUCACAGCGAAGCCGCCGGACAUUUGUGCAAAAAGUGUGACUGUUCGGGGUUCAGGAGUCCGUACACAUGCGGGUGCGGGCAGCCGAGCUUCAAUCACCGGACCCUGGUUGAGACAAAGUCUGAGAGGGAGGCUCGGGGUCGUCCAGUGGGCCGAGACGUCCCUUAUGCUGCAAUGGGAGGUCUGACUGGUUUUAGCUCCUUGUUGGAUGGUUAUGUUGCUUUGGAGUCCAGGUUAAGGAGACGUGGAGCCUCACCCAGCUGAAUACGUGCAAAGUGGACUACACCCUGGAUUGGUCGUCCGUCAAACGCAGAGCACCACGAGCAGAGAGAGAGAGACAACCCGAUUUACUUUUUUUUUUUUUUUUUUUUUUAAUUUUGCUUGGAAAGCCCAAAAAUAUCAUUCCAUUAGUGGUCAGUACAAAGAUUUCAAGGUUUACGUGAUUGAUGUUCCUGUGGAGAGAAAAGCGCCCACUCAAACCGCCACCCAAAAUAACAGCAGAAGUGUUUCGUGUUUAAUUCCUGCAUAGCUGUACUGUCUGCCAUUGAUUAAUCCUAUUCCUCACGGCAGAUCAGCGGCGACGGUGCCGAUUUAAUCCGCACUGUGAAUGGGAAGUGAAACGAGUUUGCUUGCUCUAUUGGUGGCCCACUUAUUCUUAAAAAAAAAAAAAGACUUAAGUCUCUAAAUGAGGUUCUUCCCCCCGUCAAGUGUACCCACUGCGAUAAUGUCGCAGUCCUACUCAAUCAGCAUCCACGUCGAUGCUGGGUGGUGCAUCUGGAUGCACCUGGUGUCGUGAUGGUGGUGAACAGGUGGUGUUUAGUGGAAGGAAUUUGAGUUGCGCGUGAAAGACGUCACGGGUGCACCUGGGUCUCGACACCCCAGUGUUCGUGAGGGGGUAACUGAGUGGAAGGGAUCCCAUGUGAAAGCUGACAAAUCCGGUGCGUAUCUACGUUGACCGAUACACUCAGACAUUAUACAUACACGUAGACAAGAUUUGUUCAGAAAAUUUGGAAAGCGUGGAAAGUGUAGAUACUAAAGUAAUGCAUCCAGCUAAUUACAUGUAAAAACAUACAUGUAAAAAAAAAUAUGCUUAUAGUCUCUGGUGGCUGGAAUGUAUUCUACCAGACUGUUUUGGGACGGCGGCACGGUGGAUCAGCUGGUAAAGCGUUGGCCUCACAGUUCUGAGGUCCUCGGUUCAAUCCCGGACGCGCCUGUGUGGAGUUUGCAUGUUCUCCCCGUGCAUGCGUGGGUUUCCUCCGGGCACUCCGGUUUCCUGCCACAUCCCAAGAACAUGCAACAUUAAUUGGAGACUCUAAAUUGCCCCUAGGUGUGAUUGUGAGUGCGGCUGUUUGUCUCCAUGUGCCCUGCGAUUGGCUGGCAACCAGUUCAGGGUGUACCCCGCAUCCUGCCCGUUGACAGCUGGGAUAGGCUCCAGCACUCCCCGUGACCCUCAUGAGGAUAAGCAAUGAAGAAAUUGAUGGAUGGAUGUCUUGGAGUCAUUGAUGGUGUAGUGGUACACGUGCCUGCCUUUGGUGCGGGCAGCGUGGGAUCGAUUCCCGCUCCGUGAUGGUGUCGAUAUCUGCACUGGGACUGACUGGCGACCAGUUCAGGGUGUAGUCUUGACUUUUGCCCAAAGCUAGCUGGGAUAGGCUCCAGCUUUCCUGCAACAUGUGGCUUGGAUGGAUGUCUUGGGGCUUUUCUGCACUGCAACAACGAGGCGCUCUAAAGCAGUCAUGCCAGCCUGUCAACACCGCCUGUUGAGUUGGAACUGUUGGCCCCGCCCCCUCUCUUUUUUUCUUAACAAGCAUAACUGGGGUUUAUCUUGGUUCUCCAAAUGUGCUGCAGUUGUCGCUUAUGCUUCCUGGUUGUCCUUCCUCCAUGUCGCUGAUGUUCCUGUUUUUGGGCCUUAGACAUCGAGACCUCAGCCAUAGCUCUCAAAAAAGGACGUCAGACAUGUUACGUACUUUUUUUUUU